AUGGGACCAUCAGGUUGUCGUAAAACAACAUUACUUAAUAUAUUAGCUGGUCGAGCAUUAAAUGGUGUUACUGAUAAAAUAACACAAGUUGAACAAAUCAUUGAUCAACUACGUAUUCGAAAAUGUGCUGAUACUCCAAUAAUGUUCAUAUCUGGUGGUGAAAAGAAACGUGUUAAUAUUGGUACUGAAUUAUUGAUGAACCCAAGUGUUAUUUUUCUUGAUGAACCAACAUCUGAAUUGGAUAGUACAUCAGCUGUAUCAUUGAUGGAUGUUCUUCGUGAUUUAGCAAUGCAAGGCAAAACAAUAAUUACAUCCAUUCAUCAACCUUCAUCACAAAUUUUUCAAUCAUUCGAUCAACUUAUUCUUUUAGCAGAUGGAAAAACUAUUUUUAUGGGUAAACCAUGUAAUGCUCUACCUUACUUUGCAACAAUGGGUUAUCAUUCACCAUCACAAUACAAUCCAGCUGAUUAUGUCAUGGAUCUUGUUAGUCAAGAUAUGAAAGUUCGUGAACAACUGAAAGAAGAAUAUCUUCAAAAUAAAAUAACUAAACAUGUGAACACUAUAUCUAAUCUGUUACAAUCACAAUAUUUAUUAGCUGAACCAUCUGGAAAUGAAGCUGAUCUAACUAAUCCAGAUAAUGUUAAUUUAAUAUCAAAUAAACAUGAAAGUAAAUGGCCUAUUAGAUUUUUAUCACAAAUGUUAAUUCUUUUCUCACAUGCAUUUUUUUUAACUGGUAAAAGUCAAUUUACAUUUCUGAAUUUUGCACAAGCAUUAGGUUUAGCAAUUAUUAGUGGUUUAUGUUGGCUAAGAAUGGAUUUUUCUGAAAAUACAAUACCUGAUCGAUCAUCAUUUAUCUUUUUUCUUAUGACAUUUUGGCCAUUACAUACAAUGAUGCAUGAUUUAUUAUCAUUUCCAUUUGAACGUACGGUUAUUGAAAAAGAACGUGCAACUGAAUCACUUGGUCUUCAUUUGGGUGCAGCAUUCAAAAAUUUACAACAUGCAAUCACAGUUGUAACUGUACUUCUCAUUGGUUUAAUGUUAGUUAGUGGAUUUUUUGUUCGAAAUUUACCACAUUGGUUAGGUGUAUGGGGAAAAUGGUUAUCAUUUUUAAAAUAUGCAUAUGAUGCAUGUCUGCAAUUACAAUUUAAAGGUGGACGAAUUUCUAAAUGUGUCGAUGGAUCAAUCAUUUCUUCAUGCCAAAAUAAUCCCAAUGGUACAUUUGUUAGUCAUGAAGCAAUAGAAUUUUUUGAUGUUGGACUUAAUAUUGGACUGAAUUUUCUUGUUCUUUUUGGAAUGUUUGUUAUAUUUCGAACACUUCCAUAUCUUGCAUUACGAUUUAUCAACAAUCAUACUGGUCGUACAUAA